GAACUUCCUCGAACUUUGUCAAACUUAAAAGUUACGUUGAUCGCACUCUCUUUAUCCUUUGCCUUUCUGGGCCGAAACGCGUAUCGACUUUUCUCACGCUGAUAAGUUGCAGGGGUUGACUUCUUUUUCAAACAAUGAAUUGCGAGCAUAUUUCAUUUGGUGUACAGUUAACAGUUUUCUUUAUCAUAAGCUUUUCUCUCACUCAUGGAUAUCCUUCAAGUCUAUUCGAGGGUAACGCAUAUUCAGGAACAGUUCACAGGCACAGAAAUAAAAACUGGUGCGCAUUUAUUGUUCAAAAAAACGUAAGUUGCGCAGUUCAAGGCAGUGUGGAAAGUUACGUUGAACCUGAAGCUGCGCGCUGUCCAGAGCAUCAGCCCGACUGUGAUCAACAAGUGAUAUACAGGACUAAGUUUCGACCCACUUACAAGAUAGCAUACAAGAUCGUGUCCGAGCUAGAAUGGAGAUGCUGCCCAGGAUACCAGGGCCCAGACUGUAGAGAACUGAAAGGCUCUCCAAACAGACGGACAGUAUCUCCACAAUCACAGCCUCAUCCUGGACAAACUCGACCUGGAAGGCCAGAGCGGCGAGAAACGGGACAAUAUGUCCUCAGACGCGGAGCUGAAAAAACACAUAUGUUGGAGGAUGAAGUACAGCGUCUCUCUCAGAUAGUGCUUGAUCUUCAAGCAGCCAUGACAGGUAUGGCAGAGAACCUGCGCACAGACUUACAGGAGGACACGAGCAAGAUGCUCAUUACUCUGCUCAAUGACAGGAAUGCACCAGACAGUGCACGAACAGGAGGCACGCAGGAGAGUGUCGUGCAUCUGGAUGGCCACCAGGCCACGAGAGGCCACACCCAUGGAGAAAGGGAACUUGAGACGGUGCUGGCCAGAAUCAGUGAUAUGAGCGAUGCUCUUAAAAGCAAAGACGAAGCGUUUGAGGAACUGCGGGGAACAGUGACAGGCCAUGAUGGGCAGAUCCGAAUGCUUAUGGAUACAUCUCAAGGCCUAGCAGUCACAGGUGCUGACCCCCCUGACAUAGACAUUCUUCAGACCUAUAUUGAUGGAAAAUUUGAAAAGCUCAAAAAGGAGCUUGUUGGAAACAUAGAGGAUAAGUUACAGUCUCUUCAAAAGACACAAGAAGAGGGCAGCUAUGUCCGUCUUACCAAUCUAGUGCACAACAAGGAAGCUGAGCUUAGAAAGGAAAUCCGUGAGCUGCGACUGGAUUUGUCCAUGUCAGAUGGUGUAGUGCGCACAAACCACCAAACAACCGAUGUAAAAGACGAUAGUGACUACAAUGACUUACGGCGGGAACUUGAUAGAGUGGCAGAUGCUCAUCGUGUCCUCAAUGCCAGAGUGGACAAUGAGCUAGAACAUCUGUCCUCGUUGAAGGUGGAAGACGUGCUUGGUUCACGAAUAGAGGACCUGGAAGACAAGAUGAAUGUCACAGAGCGAAACGCAGAGACUUAUUGCUUCUAUGUGGAUGAGAAACUUACCAAGCAAAUAACAGAUGAAGCAGCUAUUCUACGUCAACUCCUGGAUGAGAAGCUGAAUGCUAUGCAGGAUCAGUUCACUGGAAUGCUGAUUGAGAUGAGCAACAACUCCUUCCCAGGGAUGUUUAGUGAUUCGGUUGAUGCACUGCAAACUCAGGUUAACUCGAAUAAGAAUCUUAUACAGGGUUUGGAGGACAAGGUUAAUGCCAUUGGGCAGAUAUGCUCAACUGACUGCAAAACCAACCUACCCUCUGAUUCCCAGAAACCAGAGGGCCUGGACACUCUCUUAAAGGAUGUGAAACUCAACAGAAAUGACAUGGAUGUUUUGCGCUCUGAUUUGGUGAACAAUGUAGCAAAGCUUCUUGCGUUAGAGGAUAGAGUUGAUAGGAUGUCACCUGAGAAACAGCUCAGAGGACAUAUACAGGAAACUCACAGAAGGAUUAAUGCAUUGACUGCCAAUGUUAAUGGCUUGACUGGUGGUAUAACAGGAUUAGGAGAAACAAUGAGCAAAUUUAGCCAAGACCUUACCAAUUUAAACUCUACAUGUUGCCAUGCUGGACCAGUAAACAUUCCUAGUCUUUGGACUGAAAGCAGACAAAGUCAUAAUCAGAUUGAAGAGCUAAGAGACAAGCUGGAUAAACUGAAUGCUCAAGUGACCACAGAGUUGAGCAUGUGUAAGUUAAAAACUUCUGGGGUAGCUGAGGGUGUGUCUGCAGUGGAUGACAGGGUGACUACUCUGGAGAAGAUUUGUGGAAGGCUUGAUGGUGGGACAAAUGUCCAGGGCAUUUCUAGGGACUUGGAGAGGAAAAUGGCGCAGAUGAACACCACUCUAGGUAGUCAUUCAGGAGAGAUCAUCGCUCUUCAGAACUCUCUUCUGAAUUUUCAGAGUCAGCUUGCAGGAGUUGCUAAGCAGAUCCUCAAGGACCAUGUACAUAAAGAACAAGGACUGCCCGUGAGGCAAGAGAGGCCAGUGUCUGUCCCUGAAACUAGAACUCCAACACAACCCCAUAGACCCUAUAUUCCCCAUAUCCACAUACCUUUGAUAAUUCCCCAGCCCCCCAUCCCCCGCAAGCCCUACUUCCCACAGCCACCCACUAGCCCCAGGCACCCCAACCAACCUGCCAUUCACCAACCAGGGGUGGUUACAGGGCAAGCCGGUCCGCCCGGAUAUGUGCGCAGGGUGACAGUCAGACGGGAUCAGAGCUCAGAAGACUCAAAAUCACCUGUGAAAGGAUUUGCUGGUGCACCAGGCUAUCCUCCUGUUAAUCCUGUUUCAUAUGAUACAAAACAACCUCAACCUGUUGCCAGUGUCCCAUGGAAUCUGGCAUACCAAAGACCCAUUGCAACUCCAGUGUCACAGCAGAACUCCUUUAUGGACCCUUUUUCUUUCUCUGCUGGACUUAUAAGGCAGACUUUCUCCGGGGACUUUGGUAUCAUUCGCUUUGAUAGGGUGUUAGUCAAUGAUGGAGGACACUACAACCCUCAGACAGGGAUCUUCACAGUGCCUGCUGAUGGCCGUUAUUUGGUCACUGCAGUUCUAACAGCCCCACGGGGUGAGCAUGUUGAAGCUGUUCUCUCAGUGUCCAAUCGCAGUGUGCAGAAGUUGGACACAGCAGGUUACUGGAAUGGCCGCCCGCGGCUGACCCGAGAUCAGUGUGCAUGUGGGGGGUCUGCGUCGUUCAACCUUAUCCUCCCACUCAGGCAGGGGGACACCGUGGCCUUGGUCUGCACAGAUGGGAAGCUAGCGAUUUCUGAAUCCAGAGAGAUCCUCUCCACCUUCAGCGCAAUAUUCCUCUACUCCCCUCAAACAAAGAGAUAACACAAGAACACAUCCACUGCAGAGGGUUGCUAGUGACCAUCUAAAGCAAGUCGUGUGGUCUUUCACUUCAGACUAUGCAAUAGAGUUUUGCUUUGGUUAUUUAUCAAAACUACAGCACUCAGUCACUUUUGCAAUUUGACAUUCAGUAUUUUAAGAGCCAUAGGUUUGUUUCAUAGCAAGGGAGCAUAUCAUUAGAUUUUAGUAGUAAUGAUCUAUAUAUUUGCAAUAAUCUAUUUAGUUUCUUUUUAAACUGGGAUUUUACCAAAUAACAAUGUAAAAGCUGGUUUAUGGGUUUUACCAAUAUCUAUAAAUGUAAAAGCAGGUUUAUAUAUUUUUUCAACAUUAAAUUAAAAACUGCAUACUU